AUUUUUUCCACUACUAUCCGUAAAAAUGGCAUCGCUGCAGUCUAGCCGUUCCCUCAGUUGCGGAAAACUUCUCUCGUUGCUCGUGAUCUUUUUGAUCCACUUCGACCUAUCACAUUGUCUUGAUAGAGGACAUUAUUGGGUCAACGAAUCAGCAUUUUCCACGCCGUAUCGAUGCAGGCGGCAGUGUACCGUGGGCCAGAAACCUCUAAUUUGUUAUUACAAAUUCCACCUUGAGUUCUAUACAACAAUGGGACCUGCUUGCAAUAGAACGGGUCAAGAAUCUCAAUGCAUAAUGGCCGACGGUGUCGAGAAAGGCAUACUACCGAUUAACAGACAGUUCCCGGGACCGGAGAUCAAUGUGUGCAAAGGUGAUAUGGUCGUGGUGGACGUGGAGAAUGAAGCACUGGGUACUGAAGCCACUAUCCAUUGGCACGGAAUCCACCAAAAUGGCUACCAAUAUUACGACGGUGUCCCUUACAUCACGCAGUGUCCAAUUCCGUCUUCGUCGACUUUCAGAUACCAAUUCCUGUGCAACAACGCCGGCACACACUUCUACCAUUCCCACGUGAUGACGUACAUGUUGGAUGGCCAGCAGGGAGACUUAAUUGUUCGAGACCCCGAAGACCCUCAUCGAUACUUGUACGAUUUUGGCCGAGAAUAUGUGAUGCACCUAUCCGACUGGAUGCAUCACCUAUCGGCGGAACGGUUUCCUGGUUACUAUACGAACAGGCAGACUGCCGGUCAAAAGGCGGCAAAUAUACUGAUCAACGGACGUGGAAGAUGGACGGAUCGGGAAACCAACCAGACCACGCCCGUGCUUUGGGAGCUUUUCUACGUCGAGGAAGGAAAACGGUACAGAUUUCGCAUAGUCAAUUCAUUUAGUACCGUCUGCCCGGCUGAAGUCGCGUUCCACAAUCAUAAAUGCACCGUGAUUGCAGUAGACGGUACCAACGUCAAGCCCAAAGAAGUGGACAAGGUGGUCAUUCUAACAGGCGAACGCAUGGAUUGCAUAAUAAACAUGAAUCAAAAAAAGGAUGCAUACUGGAUACAAGUCCGAGGCUUGGGUGAAUGCGGCACGAGGGGUGUUCAGCAGUUAGGUCUUUUGUAUUACGUUGGCGGUUCAUCGAUGACGCCGUUGAGGCCGGAGCCCGCAUAUAAUGACAUGCCAACCGGUGUUACGUACAACGGAUUGGAUGCAACGCGAUGCAACACACGCGACACCAGUUCCGUGGUUUGCGUGAACCAAUUGGAAAGCGUAGAGAACGUGGACCCGAAAAUCAUGAAAGUCGAGCCGGAUGAGCGGCAUGUGUUGGAUUUCUGGACCUACAGUUACACCCGAACUGACAACAAGCAGCUCUUCAGCAACAGCAACGCGUUUCCACUUUAUUUUAGCACUGCUGUCGGGACUCAGUUGAUCUCAUUAUUCAACGAUAUCUCGUUCGAGAGCCCGGCUUCGACGUUGCUCAGCGACCGACGAAGCUACAAAACUAUCUGCAAAGACAAUGUCCGCAGUACUUGCACGGAACCUUGCAGUUGCACACAAGUGAUCAGCAUACCUCUUGGCAGGACGGUGGAACUCGUGCUGUACGAUAGAUUCCCAGUUCCGGGUGUCCAUCAUCCGAUCCACCUGCAUGGUUACGAAUUCAAAGUGAUGACUAUUGGGAACCUGACCGGCAGGGAGAUAACACGGCAGGACAUGGACAAAGUAAUACAGGAGCACACGGAACGUCUUCGUCGAGGAGAUUACAAGAACCCGCCUAGCAAAGACACUCUCAAAAUUCCGCAGGGUGGAUAUGCCAUCGUACGUUUCUGGACGAACAAUCCAGGAUGGUGGCUGAUGCAUUGUCAUUUCACGUGGCAUCAUCUGACUGGUAUGGAACUAGUGGUUCGCGUAGGCGAAGAUAUCGAUCUUCCACAGGAACCGCCGGGUUUCCCGCAGUGCAGCAAUUGGAAACCAGCGGUGGAACUGCUGAACGAUUUCUACGCCGUCAGUCCUCAUUGAUCAGCGUACUCAUUGUUGUUGCCUCCUCGCUGUACCUAUCGAUACAUUUACACAAUGUAUGCAGAUUACUGCGAGUCUGUCGUAAUUCAUCGUUUCGUGACAUUAUGCUGGCGGCAAUAAAAGCAGGAAAUAUU